AGCUGCGCCCAGUAGCCGCGUGAACAGGCAGUAGCGCGCUGCAGGGAGCUCCGCCAUGCUCUUUCCUGUCAGCGUGCUGCUGUGCUCCGGAGCCGCGGGGAAUUUCACCCAGGAGGACCUCAUGGCAGACAACGACAGCGUCGCCAGGAAUGACAGCGAUCCGUUUGGAAGGAACGAAGAGGUCGCGAAGAUAGAGAUCACAGUUCUGAGCAUCACUUUCGUUGUGGCCGUUAUCGGCAACUUCAGCGUUCUGCUAGCCAUGUACAACACAAAGUCAAAAAUGUCUCGGAUGCACCUGUUCAUUAAACACCUGAGCCUGGCCGACCUGGUGGUCGCUUUCUUCCAGGUCCUGCCUCAGCUCUGUUGGAAAAUCACUUUUCGCUUUUACGGACCCGAUUUCCUGUGCAGGAUAGUGAAACACCUGCAGGUUCUGGGCAUGUUCGCCUCUACCUACAUGAUGGUAAUGAUGACCCUGGACCGCUACAUCGCGAUCUGUCACCCUCUGAAAACUCUUCAGCAGCCCACCCAGAGAGCGUAUGCCAUGAUCGUGAGUACGUGGGUAUGCAGCCUGGCGCUGAGCUGUCCGCAGUACUUCAUAUUCUCACUGAGCGAAAUCAAGAACGGCUCCGAGGUGUUCGACUGCUGGGGACACUUCAUCGAGCCGUGGGGCGUUCGCGCGUACAUCACCUGGAUAACCGCGGGGAUUUUUGUAAUCCCGGUCGCCAUUCUGGUGAUCUGCUACAGUUUCAUCUGCCACAGCAUCUGGAAGAACAUCAAGUACAAAACCAAAAAGGGCGCGACGGGAAUCGCGUCUAAAAACGACCUGAUAGUGAAGUCCACCGUCAGCAGUGUCACCACCAUCUCCCGGGCGAAACUGCGGACGGUCAAAAUGACAUUUGUGAUUGUCCUGGCGUACGUGGUCUGCUGGGCUCCCUUCUUCCUUGUGCAGAUGUGGUCGGUUUGGGACGAGAACUUUUUAUGGGACGAAACUGAGAGCACCGCCGUCGCGCUCUCUGCGCUGCUCGCCAGCCUCAACAGCUGCUGUAACCCCUGGAUCUACAUGGUCUUCAGCGGCCACCUCCUCCACGACUUCGCCCAGUGUUUCCGCUGCUGUCACCAAAUGCAGCGCAAUUUCAAACAGGAGGAUUCGGACAGUAGCAUCCGGAGACCGACGCUCCUCACCAAAAUGACCGACAUGAGCCCCACCUGCAGCUCCGGCACCUGGAAAGAUUUCGACAACUCGCCCAAAUCAGGCACAUGCAUACCGGCAGAGUCCUGAACAAUUAUCCAUCGUCGAUGCUGUAAGAGUAUUUAUAUGUAUACAUAGCUGCCAACUCUCACGCUUUCGGCGUGAGACACGCGCAUUGUGUGCGCAUUGUGUGUGGCAGCUAUGUGUAUAUGUAUAUGGACGUUUGGCGUGCAACAGCCAGUAAAUCCCACAAUUACAGUUAACUGAAAAUGCCAGUCUCUUUUCUGAAAGCUUGUGAUUUUAUCGCGCUUUGUAUACAAAUAUAUUGGACUCUGAGUUUAAUACAAAUAAUUGCAUCGAAUGUUACAAAUUAUAAU